GAUGAUGGAGCUAAGAUGGCAGCCCAAUUGAGGGUGCUCCCUCUCCGGGGUCAAGAAAUAUUCAAGGAACGAACCAAAAAGCGAAACUCGACAGCGCAGUCUUUCUAAAUGAAUACUUUCGUUUCUGCUGUUUGACGAUUUUGUUAUGGCUUGAGAAGAUCUUCCUCGGAGUCGAAGCACCGUGUUGGCGCUGUAGCCGGAUCGCAAGACUACAUUGGUUUUAGCUGCACCACCAGAUUGGCUACAAUUUGCGCUCAUAACCGCUGAGGGACCCCGUGGAUGCUCGUUGUGGUAUUUUCGCAGCUCGGAACGGACAAAUGAUGUGACAUGUGGUGGAUAUAUUGACACGUGGAUUGCGUCUGAUGGAUAGAGAUUAUCUGGCUGUGAUAUCUUUUGUGUGAGAUACAUAUAUAUAUGCAUUGUUCUGCAAAACGAUGAUGUGUGCUGCUGCGGCAGCGGCCGCCGGUGGUGGGAUACUGCCCUCCUUAUCGCCGUCGAUGGGGCUGGGUGUCAGGGUCAUUUCUGGAGCGGGAGCCGACCUCUCCACAGUCGGUUCGGGUAUGGGUUCUUGCCCGACCCCCGGAGCCCAGUCGGAUUGUCGGACUCGGUACCAGCUUUUACUCUCAGGACGAGCCCUGGCGGAGAGAUACAGACGGAUUUAUACUACCGCCAUCAACGAUAAAGAGCAAGGGAUAAAUCAAGGAAGGGGAAAGAAGGCAUUGAGUAAGAAGAAACUUAAAAGGCGACAGAAGGUCAAGUCAAAAGUCAAAUCAAGAACAAAGGCUGAGAGUCUGGAUGGAGCCCUCUGCGUGCCGGACAUCAAGUUACACAGCAACCCUUCUGCGUUCAAUGUGUACUGCAACGUGCGGCACUGUGUGCUGGACUGGCAGCAAAGAGAGGCCUCCCUGGCGCUGGCCUCCAGGAGCUCGGUACAGAGCGGCGACUCAGACAGCGAGGAGGAGGAGGAGUACCGCGAGCCAGCCGUGAAGCUGCCAAAGAUCAUUGGCAUUGGCCUGUGUGGGGUUUUUGAGCUGAUUAAAGAGACUCGGUUCUCUCACCCUCUGCUGUGCCUGCGUAGCCUACAGGCCUUGCUGGACAUGCUGCAGGGGCAACAGCCUGAGGGCUUCCAGACUGAGCCACCUGAUGUGUUAGAGUCUCUUUUCCAGCUGUUGUUGGAGACCACAGUCCGGAGUACAGGGCCCAAUGACCCAACAGGACAGGCCAUUACUGCGCUGUCCUGCGCCUGCCUCUUCAGUCUGGUCGUGGCCUGGGGAGACACGGGCAAGAUCCUCCAGGCCGUCUCUGCCAUCCUCACCAAUAACGGGAGUCAUGCCUGCCAAACAAUACAGGUUCCCACCAUACUGAACGCAUUACAGAGGAGUGUACAGGCUGUUCUGGUGGGAAAGAUCCAGAUCCAGGAUUGGUUUGGAAAUGGCAUCAAACGUGCAGCCCUGAUGAACAAGUGGGUCCUGAAGGAGGUGACCAUUGACGAAGAUGAGCGCUGUCUUCUGCAGACUGAUGGUUCCUUCCUGUACUUGCUCUGCAAGGAUGGACUGUACAAAGUGGGCUCUGGAUACAGCGGCACUGUCAGGGGCCACGUCUACAACUCCACGUCUCGAAUCAGGAAUCGAAAGGAGAAAAGAUCCUGGCUGGGCUUCGCUCAGGGCUAUUUGCUGUAUCGGGACACAAGUAACCACAGUAUGUCAGCCCUAAAGAUCAACCCUGAGACUCUGGAGCAUGAGGGGACAGUUGCAAUGCCAGGUCAACAUUCAGAUGGACAGAACAUCAUUUUCACUGAUGGAGAGUACAUCAACCAGAUCGCAGCCUGCAAAGAUGAUGGAUUUGUAGUACGGAUCUAUACUAUGAGUUCAGACCCGGCCCUGCAGCAGGAACUGCAGCUUAAGCUGGCAAGGAAAUGUCUGCACGCUUGUGGCAUCUCUCUAUUUGACCUUGAGAAGGAUCUGCACAUCAUCAGCACAGGCUUUGAUGAAGAGGCAGCAUUGCUUGGAGCAGGCAGAGAGUUUGCUCUGAUGAAAACCGCCUCGGGAAAGAUCUACUAUACAGGAAAAUACCAGAGCCUGGGUAUAAAGCAGGGUGGCCCAUCAGCAGGAAAAUGGGUGGAAUUGCCCGUUACGAAGUCUCCCAAGAUCAUCCAGUUCUCAGUCGGCCAUGAUGGUUCUCAUGCGCUGCUAGUGGCUGAAGAUGGAAGUGUGUUCUUCACAGGCUCUGCCAGUAAAGGAGAAGAUGGAGAAUCUACUAAAAGUCGCAGACAGCCCAAGCCCUACAAGCCCAAGAAGAUGAUCAAAUUGGAGACCAAGACAGCUGUGUACACAGCAUGCAACAAUGGCAGCAGCAGCAUUGUCACCAAGGAUGGAGAACUCUACAUGUUUGGCAAAGAUGCUAUUUACAGUGACAGCACCUGUCAGGUGACAGACCUUAAAGGUCAUUUUGUAACUCAGGUUGCCAUGGGUAAGGCUCACACAUGUGUUCUGACCAAAAACGGUGAAGUGUGGACGUUUGGGGUGAAUAACAAAGGCCAGUGUGGUAGAGACACUGGAGCCAUGAGCCAGGCAGGGAAAGCGUUUGGUGUAGAGAACAUGGCCACAGCCAUGGAUGAGGACCUAGAGGACGAGUUGGAGGAGAAGGAGGAGAAGAGCAUGAUGUGCCAGCCAGGCAUGCACAAGUGGAAAUUGGACCAGUGCAUGGUUUGCACAGUGUGUGGAGACUGCACUGGCUAUGGUGCCAGUUGCGUCAGCAGCGGACGACCAGACAGAGUGCCAGGAGGUAUCUGUGGUUGUGGAUCUGGAGAGUCUGGCUGCUCAGCGUGUGGCUGCUGCAAAGCCUGUGCCAGGGAGCUUGAUGGUCCGGAGGCCAGGCAAAGGGGCAUCUUUGAUGCUGUGAAGGAGAUGAUUCCAUUGGACCUGUUGCUAGCUGUGCCUGUCCCUCCCCCUCCAGGAGUCAACAUCGAGGAGCACAUUCAGAUCCGUCAAGAGGAGAAACGACAGAGGAUCAAUCGCCGGCAUAGGUUGGAGGAGGGAAGAGGCCCCCUUGUUUUUCCCGGUCCCAUUUUUAUGAACCAGCGUGAGCAGGCCCUAGCCAGAAUAAGACCCCUUCAGGCACUAAGGCAUAAACGGGACAAGCACAAAGAUGGUAGCAGUGAGCGUGGGGAGAAGGAUGCCAGCAAAAUUACCACCUAUCCCCCUGGGGCUGUGAGAUUUGACUGUGAGUUGCGAGCGGUUCAGGUCAGCUGCGGUUUUCACCACUCAGUGGUGCUUAUGGAAAAUGGAGAUGUCUACACUUUUGGUUAUGGCCAACAUGGGCAGCUUGGACAUGGGGAUGUCAACUCCAGGGGCUCUCCAACUCUGGUGCAGGCUCUUCCUGGUCCGAGUGUGCAGGUGACAGCAGGCAGUAACCACACAGCUGUUCUCCUCAUGGAUGGUCAGGUCUUCACAUUUGGCAGCUUCUCGAAAGGGCAGCUGGGUCGGCCCAUCCUGGACAUGCCCUACUGGAAUGCCAAGCCAUCUCCCAUGCCCAAUAUCGGUGCCAAAUAUGGACGAAAAGCUACGUGGAUCGGAGCCAGCGGGGACCAGACAUUCCUGCGGAUCGAUGAGGCUCUUAUCAACUCCCAUGUCCUAGCUACUUCGGAGAUCUUUGCCAGCAAACACAUCAUUGGCCUCGUGCCCUCCUCGGUGUCUGAGCCACCUCCAUUUAAAUGCUUGCUUAUCAACAAAAUGGAUGGAAGCUGCAGAACCUUCAAUGACUCUGAGCAGGAGGACCUGCAAGGAUUUGGCCUGUGUUUGGAUCCUGUGUAUGAUGUGAUAUGGAGGUUCUUGCCAGCCACAAGAGAGAUGUGGUGCUACAAUGCAGUGAUAGCUGAUGCCAGAAUGCCCUCUGCAACAGAUCUACAGGCUCGCUGCAGCAUCCUUAGUCCAGAACUUGCACUGCCAUCAGGAUCACAUGCAACCACCACUCGCUCUCAUGGAGCCCUACACAUCCUUGGUUGCCUGGAUACAUUAGCAGCCAUGCAGGAACUGAAAAUGGGUGUAGCCAGCGCUGAGGAAGAAACCCAGGCAGUGAUGAAGGUCUACUCCAAGGAGGACUACAGUGUUGUGAACCGCUUUGAGAGUCACGGUGGUGGUUGGGGUUACUCAGCCCACUCAGUGGAGGCCAUCCGUUUCUGUGCCGAUGCCGACAUCCUAUUGGGUGGGCUGGGCCUGUUUGGGGGACGAGGGGAGUACACGGCCAAAAUCAAGCUGUUUGAGCUUGGCCCUGAUGGUGGUGACCACGAGACAGAUGGUGAUCUGCUGGCUGAGACUGAUGUACUGGCUUAUGACUGUGCUGCCAGAGAGAAAUAUGCCAUGAUGUUUGAUGAGCCAGUGCUGCUGCAGCUUGGGUGGUGGUAUGUGGCAUGGGCCCGCGUGUCUGGUCCCAGCAGUGACUGUGGUUCCCAUGGACAGGCUACCAUCACUACCGAUGACGGUGUGGUCUUUCAGUUCAAAAGCUCAAAGAAGUCAAACAACGGCACUGAUGUUAAUGCAGGUCAAAUACCUCAGCUGCUUUAUAGGCUUCCUUCAAAUGAUGGCAAUGCAUCAAAAGGCAAACAGCAAACCAGUGAACCAGUCCAUAUCCUUAAACGCUCAUUUGCUCGUACAGUCUCAGUGGAGUGCUUUGAGUCUCUGCUGAGUAUCCUUCACUGGAGCUGGACCACCUUGGUUUUGGGUGUGGAGGAGUUGCGAGGGCUGAAGGGUUUCCAGUACACAGCCACUCUGCUGGACCUGGAGAGACUGCGCUUUGUUGGCACAUGCUGCCUCCGCCUGCUCCGGGUCUACAUCUGUGAGAUCUUUCCCAUUGCAGCCAGCACCAAGGCUGUGGUGGAGGAGUCGAGCAAGCUGGCAGAGUGCGUGGGAAAGACACGCAGUCUGCUGAAGAAGAUCCUGUCAGAAGGCAUGGACAACUGCCUGACCAAGUUGGACAACGACCCCCAGGGCUACUUGUCUCAGCCUCUUACUUUGCUGGAAGCCGUGCUGCAGGAGUGCCACAACACUUUCACUGCCUGCUUCCACUCCUUCUAUCCAACCCCAGCUCUGCAGUGGGCUUGCCUCUGUGAUCUGCUCAACUGCCUGGACCAAGACAUCGCUGAGGCUAAUUUCCGCACUUCCAGCAGCCGUCUGCUGGCAGCUGUAAUGUCAGCUCUGUGUAACACAUCAGUCAAGCUGACAUCCAUCCUCCCCAUUGCUUAUGAUGGGGAGGUGCUGCUGCGUUCCCUGGUCAAACAAGUUAGCACAGAGAAUGACUCGGCCCUUGCUCACCGCUUCCCCCUGCUGGUGGCCCAUAUGGAGAAGCUCAGCCAUACGGAGGAGAACCUGAUGGGCAUGACCAGCUUCCGGGAAGUACUGGAGAAGAUGCUGGUGAUUGUGGUGCUGCCUGUGAGGAAGAGUUUAAGGAGGGAGGUGGAACUGUUCUCUCCACACCUGGUCUCCAACACCUGUGGCCUGCUGGCCUCCAUCGUCUCUGAGCUCACCGCCUCUGCCCUGGGCUCUGAGGUUGAUGGGUUGAACUCACUCCACUCGGUGAAAGCAUCUCCUAACCGCUUCACCAAAACAAGCCAAGGCCGCAGUUGGAACACGGGCAAUGGCUCGCCGGAUGCCAUCUGUCUGACAGUGGAUAAGCCAGGCGUUGUGCUUGUGGGCGUCUGCGUCUAUGGAGGAGGGGGCAUCCAUGAGUAUGAGCUAGAGGUCCUGGCUGAUGAUGCACAGACAGAGCACCCAGGGGACUCUGCACACUCUCACAGAUGGACAUCUCUAGAGCUGGUGAAAGGCACGUACAGCACCGAUGAUUCCCCCAGUGAUAUUGCUGAGAUUCGCCUGGACAAGGCUGUGCCACUCAAGGAGGGGGUAAAGUAUGCAGUACGAUUACGAAACUAUGGUAGCCGGACGGCCAAUGGGGACGGAGGUAUGACCACAGUGCAGUGCUCCGAUGGUGUGUCCUUCACCUUCAGCACCUGCAGCUUAAGCAGCAAUGGGACCAACCAGACCAGAGGACAGAUCCCGCAGAUUCUCUAUUACAGGAGUGAGUAUGAUGGGGACCUCCAGUCUCAGCUGCUGAGCAAAGCCAAUGAGGAAGACAAAAACUGUAGCAGAGCUCUGUCUGUGGUUAGUGCUGUGGUUAGAGCUGCAAAGGAUCUCCUUCACAGGGCGUUUGCUGUUGAUGUGGAUGAUAUUCCUGAGCUUUUAAGCUCUUCUAGUCUGUUCUCAAUGCUCCUGCCCCUUAUCCUGGCCUACAUAGGCCCCGUGGCUGCAUCUGUACCAAAGGCUGCUGUUGAGGUCUUUGGACUGGUCCAAGAGCUGUUGCCCGCUGUCUCUGCCCUCAACCAAAAAUAUGCCCCACCCACCUUUAACCCAAACCAAUCAACAGACAGCACCACUGGGAACCAGCCUGAACAGGGCCUCUCUGCUUGUACCACCUCUAACCACUAUGCAGUGAUUGAGAGUGACCACCCUUACAAACAAGCUGGGGUCACUCAAUACAAGGUUUCGUUUCCAGACUGCGUCCGCUGGACAACCAUUGAGUUUGAUCCACAGUGUGGUACUGCACAACCAGAGGAUGUCCUGCGUCUGCUCAUCCCAAGCCGAACACUCCACUUGUCUAACCUGGGAGCCAAACCUUUGAUCCACGACACUAUCAACACCUGGACUGAGCUCAAAAAGUUCGCAGGCUCGACAGGCUGGCCGACCACUGUCCUUGUGCUGCCAGGAAAUGAAGUUCUGUUUUCACUGGAAACGGCCUCGGAUUAUGUGAAAGAUGAGAAAGCCUGCUUCUAUGGCUUCAAGUGUGUGGCUGUGGGAUAUGAAUUCAACCCUGGUGCUGAUGAGGGUAUUAUCCAGUUGGAGAAAGAGUUGGCCUACUUGGGCAGUGUGUGUGCAGCAGCUCUUAUGAAGAAAGACCUGGCCCUCCCUAUAGGCAAUGAGUUGGAGGAAGAUCUUGAGAUUCUUGAGGAAGCUUCUCUUCAAGUGUGUAAGGCCCAUUCAGGGAUCCUUGGGAAGGGUCUGGCUUUGUCUCACUCUCCCACCAUCUUGGAAGCCCUGGAAGGGAAUCUACCUUUGCACAUCCAAACCAAUGAGCACUCUUUUCUUGAGGAUUUCAUCACCUGUGUGCAGAAUUCAAGUGGAGGACGUCUGGCGAGAUGGCUGCAGCCAGACUCUUACGCAGAUCCUCAGAAGACAUCCCUGAUUCUCAACAAAGACGAUAUACGCUGUGGGUGGCCGACUACUGUGGUGGUUCAGACCAAAGACCAGUAUGGAGAUGUGGUGCAUGUUCCUAACAUGAAGGUGGAGGUGAAGGCUGUCCCUGUUUCACAGAAGAAGUCGGUUCAACCAGAAAAUGUGAAAAAGCUGCAGCGACUACCUGGAAGCUGCUCCCCUUCUUCCUCUGGCCCCGACCUAACCUUCGGAGGUUUGCCUGUGCCCAAGUUGGAAGCUACGUAUGAGCCCAUGAUUGUGAAAGAGGCUCGAUACAUUGCUAUUACCAUGAUGAAGGCGUAUGAAAACUACUCCUUUGAAGAGCUGCGUUUUGCUUCACCCACCCCAAAGAGACCCAGUGAGAAUAUGCUCAUCCGUGCCAACACUGAUGGAACCUACAGUGCCAAUUGGACUCCAGGAGCAGUCGGCCUCUAUACGAUCCACGUCACCAUCGAUGGCAUUGAAAUAGAUGCUGGUUUGGAGGUAGAAGUCAAAGACCCUCCCAAAGGCAUGAUACCACCUGGAACUCAGAUGGUCAAGCCAAAAGCUGAACCUCAGCCUAGCAAGGUCCGCAAAUUUGUAUCCAAGGACAGCGCAGGCCUGCGUGUGCGUAGUCACCCCUCCCUGCAGAGUGAACAGAUAGGCAUAGUGCAUGUCAAUGGCACCAUCACUUUCAUUGACGAGAUCCACAAUGAUGAUGGUGUGUGGCUCAGGCUCAAUGAUGAAACAGUAAAGAAGUAUGUUCCCAACAUGAAUGGGUACACUGAAGCCUGGUGCCUCUCUUUUAACCAGCACCUGGGCAGGAGCCUACUGGUCCCAGCCGACAAUGUCUUUAAUGCUAGCCAAGGAGUCAGGGAUAUCGGCUUUUUGUCAUGGACCCCCUUAACUAUAUUCCCACCACAGGAGGUCAGGGGCCAGUCGGAGGAGAGCAUAAAGGAGGUGAGCAGCUGCCCUUCCCACGAGGCCCCCAUUCGGGUGCAGAACAGAGCAGGGCAGGGCGGCGGCCCGGGGCUUUAUAAGGUAGUGAAGACCGGCCCCUCUGGUCACAACAUCAGAAGCUGCCCAAACCUUAGGGGUAUCCCCAUUGGAAUGUUAGUACUUGGCAACAAGGUCAAGGCCAUAGGCGAGGUGGUCAACUCAGAGGGAACCUGGGUACAGCUGGAUAAGAACAGUGUAGUGGAGUUCUGUGAGAGUGAUGAAGGAGAGGCCUGGUCAUUGGCCAGAGACCGUGGUGGAAACCAGUACCUUCGCCAUGAUGAUGAGCAAGCAUUGCUUGAGCAUGGGAACCAGACCCCACCACCGAGCCCUUUCUCUGUGCAGGCCUUCAACAGAGCUUCAACUUCAAAUGGAGCACAGGGCUUUGACUACGGCAUCUCCAACAACAAAGGUGACCGGUUGAGUGCCAUACUGAAUUCCAUUCAGUCUGGGCCCUUCCUCUCAGCAGCUCCCUCUUCCUCCAUAUUUGAGCAAGCUGCCCAACCUCCCUCCUCUUCCUCCCUUGUCCACAGCCCAUUUGUGUUUGGACAAUCCCCCUCCCAACUGUCUCAGCCACAACCACAGCUUCUGAGUGAGCGAGGGAACCUCAUGUCUGGUGCACGGCCCAUGUCUCCAGCCUCCAAACACCGUCAGGAGAAUCGCCCAGCCAAACAGGAGAGCCGCGGAAGCCGCUCCUCUGAACAGAGCAGGGCCAAGACGAGCGAGGGUGGACUGUCAGCCAGCGAGGCCCUCAUACUGCGAUCAGACACAGCCAAACUGAGGUCUGACUCGCACAGCCGCUCCCACUCACCCAAUCACAACACACUGCAGGCUCUAAAGGGAGAUGGUAGAACCUCUGGAAUUCGGUCUGAGUCUCCGAAUCCUGGCUCGCGCUCUUCCUCCCCCAAACAAAAAAGUAUAACCUCAUCAGGCAGGUCUAGUCCCUCCAGCAACUCUUCCCAGCACUCUACUUCAACCCACCACGAUAAGAACGUCCCGCCUAAAGUUAGCCCUUCAGCCAAAGCCCAGCUCGAUCCUCCCAGAGAGAGAUCCAAAUCAGACUCUUAUACUCUGGACCCAGAUACACUCAGAAAGAAGAAGCUUCCCCUUACAGAGCCACUUAGGGGCAGAUCCACCUCACCCAAACCUAAACUGUCACCUAAAGAGCCAAAUAAAGCAAUGGUCAGUAAUGUAGACAGACAUAUUUAUUCAGCACAUAGGAUCCAAGAGAGCUUACAUAGUGAAGUUGUGGAGGUCUGCACCUCUAGUGUUCUUCUCGCCAAUGAGGACAUCAAUGAUGAAAAUGUGGAGGUCCGUAAUGCUGAAGAAGGCUCAUGUAAGGUGCACUUCAGCAUUGGUAAAGCCCCAGUCAAAGAGGAACUAGAGAGCCGCUCAUCACCCAAAGUCAGCCGCAAAACCUCCAGUCGACACACACGUUCAAAAAAGGACAAAUCUGGGCCUUUGUUUAAAGGAGAGAGUGCCGCAAGAGUCACAGAACCUGCCAAACAGGCCAUGUCUCCCUCUGUGGCUGAAUGUGCACGAGCAGUCUUUGCAGCUUUCCUGUGGCAUGAAGGCAUUGUCCAUGAUGCCAUGGCCUGCUCCUCCUUCCUCAAGUUCAACCCAGACUUAACCAAAGAGCACGCCCCCAUUCGCAGCUCCCUGGGAGGACAGGGCGCCGAGGAGAGAGAGAGCAAGUUAAAGAAUCGCCACUCUUUGGAGCUUGCCUCUGCACUUAACAUGUUUAAUAUUGCCCCACAUGGCCCAGAUAUCUCCAAAAUGGGCAGCAUCAACAAAAACAAGGUAUUGUCUAUGUUGAAGGAACCUCCGCUGCCAGAGAAGUGUGAGGAUGGAAAAGGAGAGACUGUUUCCUAUGAAAUGACAUCUCAUCAGUCUAUGAGGGCAAAGUCGAUUUUGCCAUUAACACUCCAGCAUUUGGUAGCGUUCUGGGAGGACAUUUCAAUGGCCACCAUCAAGGCAGCAACUCAGAACAUGAUCUUCCCCAGUCCGGGAUCCAGUGCCAUCUUAAAAAAGAAGGAGCAUGAGAAAGACAGUAAAAAGGCAAAGAAGGAGAAAAAGAAAAGGGAAAAGGCAGAGGUGCGUCCAAGAGGGAAUCUGUUUGGAGAGAUGGCACAACUUGCCAUGGGUGGACCGGAGAAGGACACGAUCUGUGAGCUGUGCGGAGAAUCUCACCCGUACCCCGUCACCUACCAUAUGAGACAGGCUCAUCCAGGGUGUGGCCGCUAUGCAGGGGGUCAGGGCUACAACAGUAUUGGGCACUUUUGUGGUGGUUGGGCUGGAAACUGUGGAGACGGAGGCAUAGGAGGCAGCACCUGGUACCUGGUGUGUGAUCGCUGUCGGGAGAAAUACCUCAGAGAGAAGCAGACCGCCGCCCGGGAAAAGGUGAAGCAGUCAAGGAAGAAACCUCUGCAGGUGAAGACCCCAAGGGCACUGCCUACUAUGGAGGCCCACCAGGUGAUUCGGGCAAAUGCAUUGUUCCUGCUGUCCCUCAGCAGUGCAGCUGAGCCCAGCAUGCUGUGCCACCACCCUCCUCGGCCCCUUCAUUCUCAGCUGCUCCCCAGCCUGAAGGAGGGUGUAUCAGAAGAACUCCCCAAUAAAAUGGGCUGCCUAUACCUACAGACACUAGCUAGACAACACACUGAGAACUUUGGGGCCUACCAAGAUGAUAACCUCUUCCAAGAUGAGAUGAGGUAUCUGCGCUCAACAUCUGUGCCUGCGCCCUAUAUUUCAGUCACACCUGACGCCUGCCCCAAUGUGUUUGAGGAACCAGAAAGCAACAUGAAAUCAAUGCCCCCCAGUCUCGAGACCAGUCCGAUCACAGACAGUGACACUGCUAAGCGCACAGUGUUUCAGAGGUCUUACUCUGUCGUCGCAUCAGAGUACGAUAAGCAGCACUCGCCCUCUCCUGCCCGGGUCAAAGCUGUGCCCAGACGCAGAGUUCAUAGCGGUGAUGCAGAAGUGGGCUCUUCCCUGUUACGACACCCAUCUCCAGAGCUAUCCCGGCUGAUCUCAGCCCACGGCUCCCUCAGUAAGGGUGAGAGGAACUUCCAGUGGCCCGUACUGGCUUUUGUUAUCCAACACCAUGACCUGGAGGGCCUGGAGGUGGCCAUGAAACAUGCACUGAGGAAGUCUGCCUGCAGGGUGUUUGCCAUGGAGGCAUUCAACUGGCUGCUGUGCAAUGUGAUCCAGACCACCUCUCUGCAUGAUAUUCUCUGGCACUUUGUAGCAUCUCUCACACCGUCACCAUUUGAACCUGAGGAUGAGGAAGAUGAUGAGAAUAAGGGGAAUAAAGAAAAUUUGGAACAGGAGAGAGACCUUGGCGUUUGUGAACACCCUCUGUCUGACAUUGUUAUUGCUGGGGAGGCAGCUCAUCCUCUCCCCCACACCUUCCACCGCCUCCUUCAGACCAUCUCCGACCUCAUGAUGUCACUUCCCAGUGGCAGCUCACUACAGCAGAUGGCACUCAGGUGCUGGAGUCUCAAAUUCAAGCAGUCCGACCACCAGUUCCUCCACCAGAGCAAUGUUUUCCAUCACAUUAACAAUAUCCUAUCCAAGUCAGAUGAUGGCGACAGCGAGGAAAGUUUCAACAUCAGCGUGCAGUCCGGCUAUGAAGCAAUGAGCCAGGAUCUCUGCCUGGUUACCUGUUUGAAGGACCUGACCAGCGUAGUGGACAUCAAGACAUCCAGUCGCCCCGCCAUGAUCGGCAGCCUAACAGACGGCUCCACCGAGACCUUCUGGGAGUCUGGAGACGAGGACAAAAAUAAAACUAAGAGCAUCACAAUCAGCUGUGUGAAAGGCAUAAAUGCCGUUAAGGUGUCUGUUCAUGUGGACAACUCCAGAGACAUUGGCAACAAAGUUACAUCUGUGACAUUCCUGUGUGGAAAAGCAAUAGAGGACCUCAGCAGGAUCAAGCAGGCUGACCUGGACUCCCGUCACAUGGGCUGGGUGACGAGUGAGCUUCCUGGAGGGGAUCACCACGUAAUCAAGGUGGAAUUGAAAGGUCCCGAAAACACCCUGAGGGUGCGUCAGGUGAAGGUCCUCGGCUGGAAAGAGGGCGAGAGCAUCAAGAUACCUGGACAGAUCUCAGCCAGCAUGGCCCAGCAGAAGAACUGUGAAGCUGAGACACUCCGAGUUUUCCGCCUAAUCACCUCACAGGUUUUUGGAAAACUAAUCUGUGGAGAUGCAGAGCCAACUCCGGAGCAGGAGGAGAAAAACCUGCUUUCAUCUCCAGAGGGCGAAGACAAGGCUCCAUCUGAUGCUGACCUCAAGGAGCACAUGGUGGGAAUCAUUUUUAGCAGGAGCAAACUGACCAACCUGCAGAAACAGGUGUGCGCACACAUCGUUCAGGCCAUCCGCAUGGAGGCAACGCGUGUGAGAGAGGAAUGGGAGCACGCAAUCUCCAGCAAAGAGAACGCCAACUCUCAGCCCAGCGACGACGACGCCUCCUCUGACGCCUACUGCUUUGAGCUCCUCUCCAUGGUGCUGGCUCUGAGUGGCUCCAACGUCGGCCGCCAGUACCUGGCCCAGCAGCUCACGCUCAUGCAGGACCUGUUUUCUCUGCUGCACACAGCUUCCCCGAGAGUACAGAGACAGGUGACUUCAUUGCUUAGACGUGUCCUGCCCGAGGUGACUCCUGUGCGUCUUGCCAGCAUCAUUGGGGUGAAGGCUCUGCCGCCAGCGGACAUCAGUGACAUCAUUCACUCCACAGAGAAGGGUGACUGGAACAAGCUCGGCAUCCUUGACAUGUUCCUGGGCUGCAUCGCAAAAGCACUCACUGUGCAGCUGAAAGCCAAAGGCACCACGAUCUCUGGUGCAGCCGGCAUGACUGCAGGAAAAGGGGUCACCACUGUCACACUUCCCAUGAUCUUCAACUCCAGCUAUAUCCGCAGAGGGGAGAGCCACUGGUGGAUGAAAGGCUCCACUCCUCCACAGAUUGCUGAGAUCAUCAUAAAGCUGGUUAAAGACAUGGCGGCUGGGCACCUUUCAGAUGCUUGGUCCAGAGUCACCAAAAAUGCAAUAGCUGAGACCAUCAUAGCACUGACCAAAAUGGAGGAGGAGCAUAGGUCUCCUGUACGCUGUAUUGCAACCACAAGGCUCUGGCUGGCCUUGGCAUCACUGUGCGUGCUGGACCAAGAUCACGUCGACAGGCUGUCCUCUGGUCGUUGGAUGGGCAAAGAUGGACAGCAGAAGCAGAUGCCAAUGUGUGACAACCACGAUGAUGGUGAGACAGCAGCCAUCAUCCUGUGUAACAUAUGCGGCAACCUUUGCACUGACUGUGACCGCUUCCUCCACCUGCACCGACGCACACGCCCUCACCAGAGACAGGUGUUUAAAGAGGAAGAGGAGGCCAUAAAGGUGGAUCUUCAUGAAGGCUGUGGGAGGACCAAGCUCUUCUGGCUCAUGGCUCUGGCUGACUCAAAGACUAUGAAGGCCAUGGUGGAGUUCAGAGAGCACACAGGUAAACCAGCCUCCAGCAGCUCAGACGCCUGCAGGUUCUGUGGUACGAGAAAUGGGACCGAGCUGUCUGCAGUGGGCAGCGUCUGCUCAGAUCCAGACUGCCAGGAAUACGCUAAACUGGCCUGCAGUAAAACUCAUCCCUGCGGACAUCCCUGUGGAGGAGUCAAAAACGAAGACGCCUGCCUUCCGUGUCUGCACGGCUGUGACAAGAACACCGGCUGUCUGAAACAGGAUGCAGAUGAUAUGUGUAUGAUCUGCUUCACUGAAGCCCUGUCUGCUGCUCCUGCGAUACAGCUGGACUGCACUCACGUGUUCCACCUUCAGUGCACUCGGCGUGUUCUUGAAAAUCGCUGGCUUGGACCUCGGAUCACAUUUGGGUUCAUGUUAUGUCCCAUUUGCAAGAACAAAAUCAAUCACUCUGUGAUUAAGGACCUGCUCGACCCCAUUAAGGAGCUCUAUGAGGAUGUGAGGAGGAAGGCUCUGAUGAGGCUGGAGUACGAGGGUCUGCACAAGAGCGAGGCAAUAACCACACCAGGAGCACGCUUUCACAAUGACCCUGCAGGCUUUGCCAUGAACAGAUAUGCUUACUAUGUGUGCUACAAGUGCAAGAAGGCAUAUUUUGGGGGAGAGGCUCGUUGCGAUGCAGAGGCAGGACAGGGAGACGACUACGACCCCAGUGAACUGAUCUGUGGAGCAUGCUCUGAUGUGUCCAGAGCUCAGAUGUGCUCCAAGCAUGGAACAGAUUUCCUUGAGUAUAAAUGCCGGUACUGCUGCUCUGUGGCUGUUUUCUUCUGCUUUGGCACCACACACUUCUGUAAUGCCUGCCAUGAUGACUUCCAGAGGAUGACCAGCGUCCCCAAAGAGGAACUGCCCCAUUGUCCUGCAGGGCCUAAAGGCAAGCAGCUGGAGGGCACUGAAUGCCCGUUGCAUGUAGUUCACCCACCAACGGGAGAAGAGUUUGCUCUGGGCUGCGGGGUGUGCAGGAACGCCCACACCUUCUAAACAGCACGAGACUUUUUCUGAAAACCAGUUUGUCUACUGUGAUUUCUGGCUGCUGCUGCUGCUGCUGAAGCUCAGCCGUGAAGUUUGGCUCUUGCAUUGCCAAGUCUCCUGGACACUGGACCAGGUUUCUGCUCUGCGCCUGGAGUCCUCAGGUCUGCUCUUUCACCACCAUCAGUAUCCUGGCUCUGCCAUGAGCAUGAGCUGUUGCUCACUUUGGAUUCAGAGUGGCCUGAAUAGGGGGGGGGGGGACAAUAUAAUUUAAAAAAGGAAAAAAUAAAAAGAAAAGAAAUUGUGACGUGUUUGCAUGCGGCCGUUGUAUUCCCUCGGCUUCUAUAGACGUUGCACACCUCCUGAUCACUCAAGUGUAAUAAUACAAGUUUAAACAUUGAAUAUGAAUUACAUUUGCAUAUAGACAACUGUCGAUCAGCGUGGGUCUGGAAAAAAGAAAAAAAGAAAAAAAAAUAUGAAGCAGGCCAUAUUUCCAGCUUCCUUAUUAUAAAUUUAAAAUGUUGUAUGUAAACUUUUUCGUAAACUUGUACAGUAUUCUCCGCUGUCAAGUGCAUCAUGGGUUGACAGAAGAAGAAAAACCAAUGAGCUGGUGGAUAAGACUGUUAAGAUUAUUAUGUUUGGGAGGAAAAUAGUGUACGAUUUAUCUAAUCUUGUGUAUAUAUGAUACUAUUCAAAAUAGCUGUAUUCCGAAGUUGCUACUCUUCACUUCAGUUUUGUUUGAUAUUCUGGGUUAUGUUUUGAGCCAGAACUUUUAAUGAAGUGCAAUACUGGGUGUGCCUCCUAUUUUGCAGCUGUUUAAUCUAUGGAAUGUAUGUCAAUAAAGCCACUGUACAUUUUUAUACAGUAGACGGUCGUAAUUUCCCCCCCCUCUUCCAAAUGUCAGAUCUCUCCUGCCGUCUGGAAAUGAGAAGACAGAUCCUGGCACCUGCAGUGAACGAUGGUGGAUGUAAAUCCUGGUUGCAGUUUAAAAAAAACAAAACAAAACACAACACCAAAACAUAUAGUAAUACACACA